CCCGUAAGUACCUAACAUAAAUCUACCUAGUGAUUUAAGCUUGUGAUCCACUUGUGAUCUGACGUUCUCAUCUCCAUUUGUUACCAAUUCCAUGUCUGAUGACGUACAGACUACCUCCUAUGUAUGUACAUAGAAGCAACCAGCUUAUAGCCUCGAGCUGUCAAUUCAAAAAGAAAAAAACAAGGUUGCUCUCCACUCUACAUACAUUACCUACAUCAAUGUAUGCAUAAUACAAGGUACCUUCAUAAAUAAAUAUCAUGUAGAGACGAGCGGUUAGCCCACGAUGCCAGUACGCCGAUCAAGCCAUUCCGAUAAAGAAACUCGAAAAAAUGGCUUCUUUGCUGCGCCAAAUCGUCGCAGGACCCCGCGCCAGACAUCCUGAAGCAGGGUUAGAUCUCUGUUAUGUCACAGAUAAUAUAAUUGCAACGUCCGGUCCCUCUCAAACAUACCCCCAACGUGCCUAUCGUAAUCCGCUCGACCGCCUUGUCGAAUUUCUCGAUUCUAAGCAUGAGAAUAACUGGGCGAUAUGGGAAUUCCGCGCCGAAGGUACCGGCUAUCCGGACGAGCUCGUUUACAACCGGAUUCGACACUAUCCCUGGCCGGAUCACCAUCCACCCCCGUUCAGGCUGGUGCCGAUGAUCAUUGCGAGCAUGCGGAACUGGCUGAACGGAAAUGACCUCGAUGCUGAUAAUGUGGAGACUCCCGCCGGAAAGAAGAAUCUAGUUGGGAAAGUCUUAGAUACGUGGAAAGAUAAAAAAGAUAAAAAGGAUAAGAAGGGUGGCCGUGUGGCUGUUGUGCAUUGUAAAGCCGGCAAGGGUCGCAGCGGAACGAUGGCUUGUAGCUAUCUCAUUGCCGAAUGCGGCUGGACGCCGGAGCAGGCACUUGCGAGAUUCACCGAGCGAAGAAUGCGACCUAAGUUUGGCGCAGGCGUGACCAUCCCGAGUCAGCUACGAUGGAUAGAAUACGUCGAUCGCUGGACUAAGGGAGGGAAGAAGUAUGUUGACCGAGAGUUGGAAAUUGUCGAGAUUCAUGUUUGGGGGCUGCGCUCUGGCGUCAAGCUUUCUGUUGAAGGUUAUGUGGAUGGAGGCAAAAAGAUCAAGAUCUUCCACACGUUUUCGAAAAAGGAGCGAGUCAUAGUUGAAGGCAAUGCGCCAGGCGACAGCGGAGUUAUGGAUAUGAUAUUUGAUAUGGCCGGCUAUGGGGUUAACUCUACAACGGGUCAGGAAGCCGUCGAAGAAGCAGAACGAACCGAUGGAGUAAAUGAUAAUGAGUCUGCGACUACGCCUCCUAAGCAGACCUCACCAUCGCCAGUAUCAAACCUAAACAGGAAGCCGGUCCCGAAACUUAUCUCCAAUUUCUCCCGGAAUUCAUCUGAUGAAUCCGUACAUUCUGCUCGUAGUAUGCCCGAAAGCGGUCCCCAAUCCAAACCCACGAUCCCCAUCAGUUCAACUUCGUCAAUCUCUAAGAACGAUGCUGACGUCGAACCUGGAGGCAUGGCCGUCAUUUUUAAGCCUCACGAGCCGAUUAGGUUACCUAGUAGUGAUGUGAACAUAUCCAUCGAACGACGUAAUCGUACGCCCGCCGCAAUGGGAUUCACCAUGGUCACUGCCGUAGCACAUGUAUGGAUCAAUACCUUUUUUGAAGGCAACGGGCCUGAACAGGACGGCAAUCCGGAUUUGGACGGAGUCUUUGACAUCGAGUGGGAUAAAUUGGACGGAAUAAAAGGGUCAAGCCAAAAGGGCACACGUGCUGCUGAUAGAAUCGCGGUGGUAUGGAGAUCUGUCGUGUCGGAAGGUGAAGCGAAGGAAUCAGUCUUGCCUAUGCCUAGCAUCAACGCACCUGUCCCGCAGAUGCCAGCCGCCGACUGGAAAGGCGAUAACAACGAGGAUCCGUACAGUGAAAGAAAUCUAGGCUUACGAGUACAGAGUCCCGAUAGCGCAGAUAUCAGCCAAGCUAGCAGCAUCAAGGACGAAGCUACCGGGGAUGUUAAAAGUAACAAUGAAGAAACUCAAGACGAUAUCAUAGCUUCAAAAACCAAUACGAAAGGGGAAGACGACGGGAACCUGGAGGUCACAUCUGAGCAUGCUACGGAAGGGGCUGGGAAGCAGAGCCGUGACGAGCAACUUGCUUCGUACAUGGAGAAGCUUCCUAAACCUGAAGGCGAUGAGAAAUAAACACGAGGGGUUAUGAUAGAUCGUCGUCGCUUGUUAAUAUGUAUAUGAAUUGGCCGUAAUAUCAUGACUAGACUCAUAAUAAUGAUAGCGCGUAAGCGUGACGGUUCAGUUUACGUAGUACCUGGCGUAUAAGUUUCCAUGCUCAUGAGGAUCUAAAACGGGUUAUCUAGUCCGUUUAUAA